GAGUAUGUUGCUGCUGUUCCGCUCUGCGUCCUCGCUACAAACGCCUGGUGGACAACAUCUUCCCUGAAGACCCCAAAGAUGGUCUUGUUAAAGCUGAUAUGGAGAAGCUGACGUUUUAUGCAGUAUCUGCUCCAGAGAAACUGGAUCGAAUUGGUUCUUACCUAGCAGAAAGGUUGAGCAGGGAUGUUGUUAGACAUCGUUCUGGGUAUGUUUUAAUUGCUAUGGAAGCAUUGGACCAACUUCUUAUGGCUUGCCAUUCUCAAAGCAUCAAGCCAUUUGUAGAAAGCUUUCUUCAUAUGGUGGCCAAGCUUCUGGAAUCAGGGGAACCAAAACUUCAGGUUCUUGGAACAAAUUCUUUUGUCAAAUUUGCAAAUAUUGAAGAAGACACACCAUCCUAUCACAGACGUUAUGACUUUUUUGUAUCUCGAUUUAGUGCCAUGUGUCAUUCCUGUCAUAGUGAUCCAGAAAUACGAACAGAAAUCCGAAUUGCUGGAAUCAGAGGUAUUCAAGGUGUAGUUCGCAAAACAGUUAACGAUGAACUUCGGGCUACCAUUUGGGAACCUCAGCACAUGGAUAAGAUUGUCCCAUCCCUCCUGUUUAACAUGCAAAAGAUAGAAGAAGUUGACAGCCGCAUAGUCCCUCCUUCUUCUCCCUCUGCAGCUGACAAAGAAGAGAAUCCUGCUGUUCUGGCUGAGAACUGUUUCAGAGAACUGCUGGGUCGGGCAACAUUUGGGAAUAUGAAUAAUGCUGUUAGACCAGUUUUUGCGCAUUUAGAUCAUCACAAACUGUGGGAUCCCAAUGAAUUUGCAGUUCACUGCUUUAAAAUUAUAAUGUAUUCUAUUCAGGCUCAGUAUUCUCACCAUGUGAUCCAAGAGAUUCUAGGACACCUUGAUGCCCGUAAAAAAGAUUCUCCACGGGUCCGAGCAGGUAUUAUUCAGGUUCUGUUAGAGGCUGUUGCCAUUGCUGCUAAAGGUUCCAUAGGGCCCACAGUGCUGGAAGUCUUUAACACGCUACUGAAGCACCUGCGUCUCAGUGUUGAAUUUGAAGCCAAUGAUUUGCAGGGGGAGCCUAGAGGCAGUGGCAGCCUGAGCACAACUUCCAAAGACAACGACGAGAAGAUUGUGCAGAACGCCAUCAUCCAAACAAUCGGAUUUUUUGGAAGUAACCUACCAGAUUAUCAGAGAUCAGAAAUCAUGAUGUUUAUUAUGGGAAAAGUGCCUGUUUUUGGAACAUCCACCCACACUUUGGAUAUUAGUCAACUAGGGGAUUUGGGAACCAGACGGAUUCAAAUAAUGUUGCUGAGAUCUUUACUUAUGGUAACCUCUGGAUAUAAAGCAAAGACGAUCGUUACUGCAUUGCCAGGGUCUUUCCUGGACCCUUUGUUGUCACCUUCCCUCAUGGAAGAUUAUGAACUGAGACAGUUGGUCUUGGAAGUCAUGCAUAAUCUCAUGGAUCGCCAUGACAAUAGGGCAAAGCUUCGUGGGAUCAGAAUAAUACCAGAUGUUGCUGACCUAAAGAUCAAGAGAGAAAAAAUUUCUAGACAAGACACAAGUUUCAUGAAAAAGAAUGGGCAACAGCUUUAUCGGCACAUAUAUUUGGGUUGUAAAGAAGAAGACAACGUUCAGAAAAACUAUGAGCUACUCUAUACUUCUCUUGCUCUUAUAACUAUUGAACUAGCCAAUGAAGAAGUGGUUAUUGAUCUCAUUCGAUUAGCCAUUGCAUUACAGGAUAGCGCAAUUAUCAAUGAAGAUAAUUUACCAAUGUUCCAUCGCUGUGGGAUCAUGGCACUGGUUGCAGCGUACCUUAACUUUGUGAGUCAGAUGAUAGCUGUGCCUGCGUUUUGCCAGCAUGUAAGCAAGGUUAUUGAAAUUCGAACUGUGGAAGCCCCUUAUUUUCUGCCAGAGCAUGUUUUCAGAGAUAAGUGCACGCUUCCAAAAUCUUUAGAGAAGCAUGACAAAAAUUUGUACUUUCUAACAAACAAGAUUGCAGAGUCACUGGGUGGAAGUGGAUAUAGUGUGGAAAGACUAUCCGUACCCUAUGUACCACAAGUGACAGAUGAAGAUCGACUUUCUAGAAGAAAAAGUAUUGUGGACACUGUAUCCAUUCAGGUGGACAUUUUACCCAACAGCACUCCUUCUGAUGAUGUGGUUAGUAACACUGAAGAAAUCACCUUUGAAUCAUUGAAGAAAGCAAUUGAAACCAGUGGAAUGGAAGAACAGGAAAAGGAAAAGAGGCGCCUUGUGAUAGAGAAAUUCCAGAAAGCACCUUUUGAAGAAAUAGCAGCACAGUGUGAAUCCAAAGCCAAUUUACUUCAUGACAGACUUGCUCAAAUACUGGAACUGACAAUACGUCCUCCUCCCAGUCCAUCAGGAACGCUGACCAUUACUUCUGGGCAUGCCCAGUACCAGUCUGUCCCCGUCUAUGAGAUGAAGUUUCCAGACCUGUGUGUGUACUAAUUGGCUCGUGAAGACCUCUGCAUACGAUUUUAAAGCCUAAAAAUUAAGGCAACGCUGAGUUUCAGGGUUUCCUUGAUGCAUAUUAACAUAUUUCUUGAAAAUAGUGAGAGAACUUAUCUUUCACCAAAUGCUUGGCAAACCGUAUUAGAAGUCUGAGCGCUGUAUGUGAUUUACGGUACUGUGGAAGAUGGAGUCAUGCCAUGUUAAUUUGCUUUGACUUUCCUAUUGCUUUUAAAAUUGAACAUGUAUCGGUCUGUUAUUAUUUCAUUGUUAAACAGUAUAUUUUAAUUUUUCCACAAAUGUAAUUUUUUUUAAAAGUAAGCAUUGAGAGGAUUGAAGAUGUGUGAAGUAUCUACUGUGUUUCUGAAAUGUCUGCACAACUCCUUAGAAAUAGAAUUGCUGCUGUUAUUGUUACCUGCAGAAGCAAAUACCCACAGAUGUAUCCCUAAUCCUGGGGCUGCAGAACCGUGCUGUGGCUUUUUGUCUCUGUGCUUCAGACAAGUUGUGGUAGGCAUCCUUCUGUUUGUUUACUGUAAUAAAAUGUACUACGCAUUCUUCAACUUGUUUACACUAAGAACACAUCUAUUGAAUAAUGUUUCUAGAAUCUGACUCCCCAAAUUGCCAUACUUUAAAGCGUCUAGUUCUUGUAAUACUGUGUUUUCUGCCAAGAGUUUGACUGCUCUACUUGAGAGACUUAGAACUUACUCUUGAAGUACCGAACUGUGCAAUAUUUUUUACAUCAUAAGAUGUGUUAGUUUACAGGCUAUGCUUUGAAAUUAUAGUAGUAUUUUGCUGUGGCUCCAUUAAUUAAAUGAGAUAUAUAUUUAAUAUAGGAAAAGAAGACAUUUAAAACAGCUACUAGUUCACCUGUGAAGAGUCUGUAUGUUUUGAUUUCUAAGAGCACAUGAGUUUAUGUUUUUACAUUACACAUUAUUUUAAAUUCUUAUAGUCAAAAAAUUCCCCAAAUGGACUUUUAAGUGUAAGAUUUGAACCAUAACUUGUGUGCAUCUCUAUUAGGAUUAAUUAUAUAACAUUUGAAAAGAGUGUCUAUGUUUUAGUGACUUAGAGUUCUAAGGUUCGCUAAUUUACGCUUCACACUGACAGAUGUACACCUGUGUGCAUUUUGUAAGCUCCACCCCAUGGUAAAAUGAAUAGCUUUCUUUGCAACUCUUUUUAUAAGAUCACCUAUUUAUAGUUUUACUACCCUUUCAUAUUCAUUUUCUUUUACAUGAAACAAUACACAUAUCAAAAACCAUAGCUCCAAAAAUAAUUCCGUUUUUGGACUUUGUUCUUGUUUGAAAAUUGCAAUAAGAAUAGGGUAUUUUAACUUUGUGUUUAUAGUUAUUUAGGUACCUUUAGUAGAAACAGAAAAAAAGAACAACAGAAUAAACAUACUCAAAAGUCUUUGACUACUUAAACCAAAGUGCAACAUCUCGAGAAGCAGCUUUGUCACUUAGACCUGAGCAGUGACACACAACAUCCUGGGCUGUUUAUUAAAUGUGGAUCCACAGGAACGGGUUUUUAGAGUGGCAGCAUGGUCACCACUGGACAACCGACUGGCCCUGCUGCAGCCCUCACUGUGCCGUUGCCCCUUGACCAGGUGAAAUGUUUCAUGAGUUAAACUAGUUUUAAUUUUUCUUUUUAUUAUCAUCAUCAUUUCAUUUUUUCCUUCUCUAUUUUUAAGAAUAUUAGUUUUUAUUAGUUUUUGACUAUUCAUUAAAAAAAAGUCUAAGCAGGGGGACAUGCAAAAACAAUCAUCAUCCAUUUGGAUGUCCUUUUACAAAUUAACACUGUGUGCUUUUGUAUGGAGAAAAUAUAUAUAAUUUAAUAGCAUAAGAAAAGAUAUAUAUUCAUUUGCACUCAUUCAAAAUGCAGACUUUGCUCUACAAAGUUUUGUUUCUCAGUGAUUUUAAAAUGCAUGUAUUGCAUGUAAAGGAAACCAUUGCAGUUAAUGUCCUUCCUUUUCUCUUGGUCUUUGUAAACUGUUGAUUUGAGUUUUGUGGCGAUUUUAUUGUUCUUUUUAAAUCGCAGUAGACUUCUGGAUCCUAGUGUUCUGAACUGGUCUUGUUGACGAAGACUCCCAAGGAAUGAAUCUCUUCCCUGCCUGCCCCUUCCAUGUCUGCAGGGAAUUCUGCAGGGACUAGGUUUGCAUCCCACGUUUAGCCAGUUUGGAUACUUAAAGUUUAGGAUUAUUGAAGUGUUCUCUGUAUUGCUUUAUUUCUGUAGAUAGAUAAAACCCUUAAUAAAUUGUUAAUCAUUCUUUUUUUGUUUUAUACAGUUGCUUAUAUCAUUCUUUGUUCUUGACAUUGAGCAGUUAACAUUUCAAUGUUCCUCCUAUACUU